GUCUCAUGCACUCCUCUGCGUAUAUGAUUGGAUACAGUAUAUUCCGUGUGUUUUUUAAAUGCCAUAAACUCAAUACGGAUUGUACAUCUACUGUCUUAUUGCAGAUAAUAAUUGAAUUUUGUAUGCAGAUAACUAUGUUUAUGAAUUAUACUCCGUAUAUAGGAGGGAGUUGUAAAACGUCAGAUUCUUAUCUAUAUAAUGAAAAGUCUGAACUCCCAAGUAAUACCGAAAAAGUCUAGUUUUUUUUCUCUCUAAAUAUAUACCCACCCGUGCACAAACGCUCAAGAAAUAGGAGGACCGAAAGCUGUCGCUGGUAUCAUGGCCGGUCGGAGAAUCACGUCAUUUCUCACUCGUUCCUUGAACACUUUUUCCUCUCCUCGCCUGCUCUCCGGCGGUGGGACUUCGAAUUUGUGUGGAAGAAUUCAUAGAUUAAGCACGGCUGCUGCUAUUGAAGAGCCAAUUAAGCCUCCUGUCUCUGUUGAGCACACACAACUCCUCAUCAAUGGACAAUUUGUUGAUUCAGCUUCUGGCAAAACUUUUCCUACCUUAGACCCGAGGACGGGUGAGGUGAUUGCACAUGUUGCCGAAGGGGAAGCAGAAGAUAUCAACAGAGCCGUCUCUGCUGCUCGAAAGGCUUUUGAUGAAGGCCCUUGGCCAAAGAUGACUGCAUAUGAAAGAUCAAAAGUAAUGCUGCGAUGUGCUGAUCUGAUUGAGAAGCACAAGGAUGAAAUUGCAGCACUUGAAACUUGGGACAAUGGAAAACCAUUUCUACAAUCUGCUACUACUGAAGUUCCCAUGCUUGUACGCUUAAUCCGCUAUUAUGCGGAUGGGCUGAUAAAAUUCAUGGUAUGACUGUCCCUGCUGAUGGACAAUAUCAUGUUCAAACUUUGCAUGAGCCAAUUGGUGUUGCUGGACAAAUCAUCCCUUGGAACUUUCCUCUUCUCAUGUUUGCUUGGAAGGUUGGGCCCGCAUUAGCAUGCGGAAAUACCAUUGUUUUGAAGACAGCUGAAAAGACACCUUUGUCUGCUCUCUUUGUUGCAAAGCUCUUCCAUGAGGCUGGACUGCCUCCUGGCGUUCUUAAUGUCGUCUCUGGUUUUGGUACCAAAGCUGGUGCUGCUCUCUGCAGUCACAUGGAUGUGGAUAAGCUUGCAUUCACAGGUUCAACGUCAACUGGGAAGGUUGUGCUCGAAUUGGCCGCCAAAAGCAAUCUUAAACCUGUGACAUUGGAACUUGGUGGAAAAUCACCUUUUAUUGUUUUUGAGGAUGCUGAUGUGGAUAAGGCUGUUGAACUAGCCCACAUGGCUCUCUUCUUCAACCAGGGACAAUGUUGCUGUGCUGGGUCUCGGACAUUUGUCCAUGAGAGUCUCUAUGAUGAAUUUGUAGAGAAAGCAAAGGCACGUGCUAUGAAACGUACAGUUGGUGACCCAUUCCAUGCAGAGACGGAACAAGGUCCUCAGGUUGAUUCGGAACAGUUUGAGAAGAUCUUGAAGUACAUUAGAUCAGGAAUUGAUGGUGGAGCUACCCUUGAAGCUGGAGGUGACAGACAUGGCACUAAGGGCUACUACAUCAAGCCAACAGUUUUCUCCAAUGUUACGGACAACAUGCUAAUAGCAAAGGAUGAGAUAUUUGGUCCGGUGCAAUCAAUCUUGAAAUUCAAGGAUAUUGACGAAGUAAUCAGGAGAGCAAAUGCGUCCAAGUAUGGUCUUGCUGCGGGGGUCUUUACACAAAACAUUGACACUGCAAAUACAAUGAUGAGAGCUUUGAGAGUUGGGACAGUAUGGAUUAAUUGCUUUGAUACAUUUGAUGCUGCCAUCCCUUUUGGAGGGUAUAAGAUGAGUGGGCAUGGAAGGGAGAAGGGAGAAUACAGUCUCAAGAACUACUUACAGGUCAAGGCGGUUGUCACUGCAUUGAAGAAUCCCGCUUGGCUAUGACCAUCCUCUUCUCACAUCAAGCUAGGGUUAAUUCAAUAAUGAUGAUGAUGAAAUAUUGCCUUUUGUUUCAAUAACACUUGUCAUGUUGAGUGUUCGUUAUACUUCUAGUUUAAACAUCCAUUUGCUGUGCUGAACACAUAAAGGUUAAAUAAAUAUCCAUUUGCUCCCUCUCCCCUUGCAUACUAUUUUUGAAAAGUUAAUUUACACCUGUUAUAAAUUUUUUACUAGGCAUGAGUCUUAAUCAUAUCCUUGUACUUUUUUCCUUCCUCCCACUAGCCACCUUGUCAGUGAACGCCUCCCUUGAAAGAGGAGGGGGAGAAGGUGGCUGAGUGGGUGGGAGAAAAGAGACAAAGGAUGUGGAGAACAAUCAGGUGGUUCAAAAACUGGGGCACUUUUUGUGGAGGAGCAUAACAGCAUACUUGAGGGGGAACAGCCGCAAAGGGGAACAGGUGGUGGCUGGAACCAAGUAUUACCGGUGGUGCCGCCAACACUUUUGAUGACGUGGUGGUGGAUUGCCACCGUCUUUGCCUCUUUGGAUUGCCAUUUGCUACCAUCGGAAUGUUGGGAGAAGCUUCAAAAAUUUUCAGAAAACUGCCCCAUGCAAAGUUUGAUGCAAAAUUUGCCAUUGCCACAGACUGCGAAUCACUGGCAAAUUUUGAGUAAUUUAUUGUCUAACAGUUAGAACAUUAACAAUUUUUGAAGAACGUCAUGUGAUUCAUGUCUAAUGACUUCCGACAGUGGAGAAUCUUACCAAAAUACAAUAUUAUACAUGGUUCUCACCAUGGGCGGAGUUAGGAGUGGACCAACUUAGGCCAUGGCCCACACAAAUUUUAAAAAUGGCCUAAUUUUCAAGUUAAAAAAUUUCGUGUAGAAUUUUUUCAAAAAAUAUUAUUUGUACCGGCCCAAUUUGGCCGAGUGCUCUAGCUCUGCCCCUGGAUGGCAAAAGUUUUAUGGCAAACACGCACAUACAUGGGUCACUCUACACGGUAACACGGCUUAUAAUGGAGGAAUGAUGGGGAAGUCUUACGACAUUAUUCAGACAACAUUGCUGAGAUUGUCACUCGCAUAUGAACGAUUGUGAAAACAAGUUGAAGUACUUUUGAAAAUCUGUUGCAAGCUAGUGUACUUUAUUUAUUCCACCAGAGACAAGUUGAUGUACUUUAUAAGAACCGGUGCAAGUUCUUGUAUUUUUUACUCCACUGUAGUAAGGAUGUAAAAAAAAACCCGCAAUGACCCGCCCUGGCCCGAG